AUGGGGGAAGAGAUACAAACACACGAAGAGCGUGUAUCGGAGUGGGAAAAGGGUCUACCCACCAUUCACGAUCUCACUCCUCUCACCAUGGCGUUGAUCCCGCCGGAGCUAGCUUCCGCCUUCAGAAUCUCCCCGGAGCCCCACCGCACACUCGUCGACGUCAACCGCGCCUCCCGCAACACUCUCUCUAUCCUCCGCGGCGGCGGAACAAAUCACCACGACGAGCCGCCUCUCGAAGAAGACGAAGAAAUGGAAGAGGAAACCGAUCGGGACGGUUCCGGUUCGGAUUCGCGAAAGCACCGGAAGAUCGAUUCGGUUACAGAGGAAGCGGAUUCGGCGGUUAGAACAGAGACGACGCUAAAACGGCCGCGUUUAGUGUGGACUCCGCAGCUUCACAAGAGAUUCGUGGACGUGGUGGCGCAUUUAGGGAUUAAAAACGCGGUUCCGAAAACGAUUAUGCAGUUGAUGAAUGUCGAAGGGUUAACACGGGAGAAUGUUGCUAGUCAUUUACAGAAGUAUCGCCUUUAUUUGAAGAGGAUGCAAGGUCUUUCGAACGACGCUCCUUCUUCUUCUGAUCAUCUUUUUGCUUCUACUCCUGUUCCUCAGAGUUUGCACGAAUCUGCAUCUGCUGUGAAUUCUCAUGCUCAUUCUCAUUCGCAAUCUAAUGGACAUGGGAAUUCGCAAUCGCAUCAUUCUGUUACGAUUUCUAUGCCGUAUCCGCCGCCUCCGCCCAUGAUGUCUAUGCCUUUAAUCGGUAUGCCGCCACAUCCGCAUGGGCAUAUGGGAAUGGCUUUGCAUCCUCCUUCCGGUUCUUCUUCGUACCGGUCGCAUCCGUUUAACAUGAUGCAUCAUAGGGAUUGGCCUCCUCAUCCUCACUCUCACUCUCACCCUCAUAUGUCUCCCAAUGAUAGUAAUAAAUAA